AUGUCGUGCGAACCCCUUAAAAUAACCAGUAUACAGGAAAAUGUCAAAUUAGAUGUCUGGUUUUAUAGGCCUGAUAAGCCUGGUCCCUAUCCAGUGGUCGUUGCAGGGCAUGGUUUAACAGUCAUCAAGGAUGCUGGUUAUGCAGCUUUUGCUCAGCAAUGGGCCGAGGGGGCUGGAUGGGCUUCUCUUAUCUUCGACUAUCGAGGCUUCGGUGAUUCCGAUGGUGAACCACGUAAUGUGGUGGGGUUCGAGUCACAGUUGCAAGACUAUCGUAGUGUUAUUGAGUGGGCGAGUUCCCAAGCCGAUUUCAUAGCCGAGAAAAUUGUUGUAAUGGGCUCGGCUUGGAGUGGACUUCAAGUCGCCGACCUUGUGGUAAACGAUGGUCGCUUAGCAGGAGGCAUGGCACAUUGCCCAGUGUUAGAUGCACGCGCCACUGUCACGAGUGUCCUGCCCCGCCCCAAACUUUUAUUUUGGGCAUGCAUCGACUAUUUGAGAGGCAAACUAGGUUUUCGUCCUAUAUUCCUGCGUGCCGUUGGUAAGCCUGGCGAAUUCGCUGUCCUCAAUUCACCUUCUUCUUAUGCAGGGUUCACGUCUAUGUUUGCGCAGGGUCGUACACCUUUCGACCGAGCACCCAACCUUAUAUCUCCGCGAUUCAUUACUGAAGCGCUAUCGUGUCGUCCUGGUUUAGCUCUCAAAAAAGCUCUUUGUCCCAUGCUCGUUGUCUCGGCAGAAGAGGAUGAUAUAGUUCCCAUAGGAAUCACUCGUGAUAUCGUCGCAAAUGCCGACAAAAGAGUGAAGUUAGUAAAUAUUCGUUGUGGUCAUUACGAAAUUAUGGCAGGCGGGAAGGGGUACGAAGCAAAUAUAAAUGCUCAGAUCAACUUUCUUCAAAACCUGUCAAGGAUUGAUCAGCAUUAG